CCGGCUGCUGGUUGAGGUUUUAAAGCAUGCUGUGGUGCUGAUGGUUCGGUUCGAUUCGGAUCCCUGGGUUGAUCUGCAUCGCCGGAGCUCGGUGUCUUUAAGCGGUUGCAGCUGCGGCUCUGUGCCCGCUGCGAAGCCUUCAGCCUCGGAUCCAGAAGGGAGGAGUCUCCGGUUCCGGAACCGUCAGGAAUCUGGACCCUGGUGUUCUGCAGUGAGCGGAUGGAUGCGAUUGGGCUCAUAACUGGGUCAAUAUGAGAGGAGACCGGGCCGAACCGUCAGAGGUGUGAGGAUCCGGGCCUCAGACAUCAGAUACGGGCCGGUACCGAACCCUGAUCAAUCAGCAGAUUUGAAAUCCUGGACCGAACCUUUCAGGUCCAAAUUGAUGAAAGUAAGUACCAGGAGCUGCUUCAUCACGAAACAACCAGAGAGCUAAUGGACCCGAACCGGUCCAGAGACCCGAACCGGUCCAGAUUUCCAGAGACUGAAAUUCCAGUUGGUUCGUUUUGAAUCCGAUCUUUGAUCUUUGUGUUAACUUGUUAAAAUGUUAACUUGACGCCUUUUGGACCUUCAAAGAAGCAGAACUUUGGCCCGGUUCAGCAGGUCCAGAUAUCCUCUCACUGGCCACUUUAUUAGGCACACCUGGUUGGAGAAACUUCUGCUCCGUGGACCAGAUUGACCUGAUGACAUCACAGUUGCUGCAGUUUCCAUGAGCAACGUUGGUGUUGCCGCCAGAACCUUUCGAUGGUUCUGUUGCAGACUCCAGGUUCAGUCGGGUGAGGGUGAGCAGAACCUCUGGGCCUUUUUCUCUGGAGGUCAGUGAAAGGUCAACAGGAAGUUGUAAGAUGUGUAAACAGCUGUGGCUUCCCUCAGGAAAACCAUCAGGACGAGUUGUCGCUAUGACAACGCGUCCUGUACUGAUGGCAGGUGAGUCAGGUGAGUGUCUCCUGCUGCCCAGGUCCUCCUGUCGGGCCCUCGGCUCCCAGCGUCCCCGUCAGACCGCUGGUCCUCUGAGGAUGUCGGACCUUGUGAUCCUGCUGGGCUCCAGCUUCAGGACCAGGACCGGAAUGGACCCCAGAGCCACAUCAUGCACACAAACGCUCGCUGUGAUGUUUCUGGUGGCUGGCACACUGGUUUCCAUGACGACCACAAGCUCACCUGCUGCAGGUGUGUUGGAUUUGAACAGGACAAUGGGGUCAUCAUCACAUAAUUCAUCACCAUCACCCGCCCCCCCCAGGGGGGCCUCAGACUUUGGUUACCAUAGUAACAGUGCUGGAGCUGGCUCAGCAGAGGACCAGGAAGCUGGUGCUCAGGGCAUCCACCUACUGCUGAGACCUCCAGACCUGCUGGCCCCCAGUCUGCCCCCGGUACUCCCCCCACACAGCCAGCCCACUCUCACCCCUCCACCCCCCUGGGAGCAGGGCCCCUCCCUAGAGGAAGCAUGGGGCUCUGGGGACUACCUGGAGACUCUGUCCUUCAUGGUGCCUGACGGGGAGGAACUGGGCCUUGCCACGCCACUACCAAGCCACCCUUGGGACGCGGAGUCUGAUGGGGACUGGGUCUCUUAUGACACGGCCUUCCCGCCCCGUCCAACACUCCCUCUGUUCUCCCGUCCCCCCAUCAUCCCCUCCUCCACUCCUACUGUUCCCCUUCACACUCACACUGCCCAUCUGGAUGUUUUUUCCACAUGGGAUGAGGAAUACGACCCAGAGGACAUGAUGCCUCUGGAACCGACGGAGGUGCUGCUGCCGGACAUGAACAGUCUGGAGUACUACACCAACCUUCUGGCCCGGGAAAAGCAGAAGGAAAAGGAGAGGGAGAAGGAGGACCAGAUACAUGGUACCAAGUCCAGACCCUCCAUUACUCCCACAACAACACAAACUCACCUUUCUCCUCUGACCCCAGUCCCAACCCUCAGUGGGCCUCCACCAGAUCUAGAGCAUAAACAUCCACCACGAGGACCCUUCCCUCCCGUCACUCCCUCACCUGCUCUUACAAGUGAAAAGUCACCUACUCUACCAAGCACCUCCCAAACCCCUUCCACUCCUGCUCCAUCUUCUCCAAAAACCAAAGACCAUGGUCCAGGCCUCCCUCCUCGUCCCCCAUCUAACACUACCAGCCAGGUGCCACCCCCUCCUCCACUGGGUCCACCGGUUCGGCCUGUCAAACCAGAAAGACCAUCAGUGAUCACAGAAAAAACAGCAAAACCUCCAGCCAUAACGACUACCACCCAGAUUACCUCCAUCAGCCUCACCAGAGGACCCCCAGUUACCACACCCAAAGGGGCCCAGACUCCGCUCACCAGACAGUACCUGUGCAAUGUCACCAAGCCUGAGCUGUACCUGGUCAGAGUGGUGAGUUCUAAAGGCUCAUCGGCCGGGUUCAGUCAUGUCCGCGAUGUCCUGAGGAGAGAGUUCAACCGCUCAAUAGAGCUGCAGUUCCUGAGAACUCCAUCCAGUUUUGCCUUUCGUGUCGUGUCUGGACCAAUGAUAUUCACUGCCAUAUCUGUCAUCAAUGCUCUCCGUCAGUCACCGCGCAGUUCAGGCCCCAUUCCUACAGUUUCCCCUCUCUAUACCAUACCUGACCUCUGGUACCAGAUCCACUCGGUGCUGCAGUUUGUUCCCACCCAUGUUGAUGUCAGAGUGUGCAACUUUAGUGAAAGGGUGGAGCGAGGGCUGAUAAUGGCAUAUGCAGAGAGCCGAAGAAGGUCACAUGAGGGAGGAAACAUCACCGUCCAGCUGCUGAACAUCACAAUGAGCAAAGGCUGGCCAGCAGUGGGGCAGAAGGUUCCUGUUGACAUCACUUUCGCUGUACGAGAUGGGAGGGGCUAUUUGGUGGGGUCAGAGGUUAGCGAACACCUGAGGAAGCUCAGCUUGGUGGAGUUCAGCUUCUAUGUUGGAUUUCCUGCUCUGCAGAUUGCAGAACCCUUCUACUAUCCUGAGCUAAAUAUGUCCCACCACCUGCGUGACACGUGGGUCCGUACAGUCCUGCUGGGUGUUCAUGAGCAGCAGGUGGCUGAGAGGAGUUUUAAAGCUCGUCUGGAAAGACGACUGGCUGUGCUACUGGAGGAAGGACUGCAGGAGACCAGCAGGAGGCGCUGGAGAAGAGCAACCGCUGUGGGCAACAACAGUUUGCAGGUGGUGCGGAUAUCCAGGCUGUCCGGUCCAGAGCGCCCCCUAGAGGUGUUUUACUUCGUAGAGGGUCCAGGUGGGGAGAGGGUCCCGGCAGAGGUAACUGCAGCCACCAUGAACCGCCUGGACCUACAGAGGGCCGCCAUUGUUCUUGGACACCGAGUCCAGAGGCCUCUGGCUCAACCUGUAGAGACUCUUUCUGUUCCUCCGGCUGAGACUCAGAGCAGCAGCAUUUGGUUGAUCGUAGGGGUGGUUGUCCCUGUCCUACUGGCUGUCUUCAUUAUUAUCAUUCUCUACUGGAAGCUUUGUGGGUCUGAGAAGCUCGAGUUUCAACCGGAUGCCAUCAACACCAUCCAGCAGAGGCAGAAGCUUCAAGCUCCUAGUGUCAAAGGCUUUGACUUUGCAAAGCUCCAUCUUGGUCAGCACAGUAAAGACGACAUCAUGGUGAUCCAGGAGACGGGCCCACUACCUGCCCCAAUAAAAGAGGCCACGCCCUCCGAUGGCGGAGAUCUCAACACUCCCAAGUCCAAAGGAUCAUCCACUAAAGCAGCACGUUCAAGUCGCCGCAGGGGAAGGCUCAGCCCUUCAGACGGAGACUCGUUAGGAAGUGAGCAAUCCAGCGGCAGGGAGUCGGCAGAGGAAAGCACCAGACCUGUGGCCACACCCAGUGAGGGCAAACACCACAGGAAGGCCCCUAAAAAUGGGAGGAGCAAAAUAGCGGUCCCAUCAGGCAGCGGUCCAGAUGAACUUCUCUCCUCAUCCUCCAUCUUUGACCAUGUUGACCGUCUCUCCCGUGGCUCUUCAGAUGGAACCCGUCGCCAGGCCAACAAGGUGCAACUUAUUGCCAUGCAGCCGCGACCAAGUCCGCCUGCGGCACACGGCCCGCCACAGCCGAGUCCCUCCCUCACUGAAAAGGUCAAUACUGAGGUGGCACUAAGGCACAAGUCUGAGAUCGAGCAUCACAGGAACAAACUGCGCCAACGUGCAAAGAGGCGGGGCCAGUGUGAGUUUCCUUCCAUGGACGACAUCAUGGAUGCUUUUGGAGACGGGCCGGUUCAGAGCGAAGCGGCCCAGCGGCUCUACAGCUCCGCCCACGACCACAUGGACUGCAUCCUUCAGGCCGAGGGAGCCUCACCCCUGACCCCCGCAGACUCCAGGAAAAGAGGGAGGCGCUCUCCUCGGGGCCGGAGGCCUCAUCAAGGACCAGGAAGUCUUCCAGAUACAGACAGAGAUCGGCUGCUCACAGACCAGAGCGCCACCUACAGGAAGUACCCCGGACUCAACAAUGUAGCGUACAUGUCGGACCCUGACCUGCCCCCAGACCACGGCAGUCCCUCCCCUACUGAUGAGGUGUUUGACUCAGCCCCAGCUCCUCCUCCUUACAUGCCCCCCCAGCCUUCUAUUGAGGAAGCCCGGCAGCAGAUGCACUCCCUGCUGGAUGACGCCUUCGCCUUGGUAUCACCAUCUUCACAGGCCAGUGGCGUAAGAUACGCGGAGUUGGGAGUCUCCCCCACAUCCAUCCAGGGUCUGCUGCAGAGGCAGGGCCUGGGCUCAGGAGGAUACGUUUCUACUGGAGAACAACUGCAGGAGUCGGUGUACUCCAACAGGGGGAAGUAUGAAGACCCUCCUUCAUCUUCCAGACCCCGACCUGUUGGGGGCAGUACAGGGGCCCAGCUUCACCAUCUGACUCAGGUGGGUUUGUCCAGUCAGAUCGGUGCGUACCCUGGAGUAGGUCGCAGCAUGUCUGGACCCACUGGCUCCAGCUGGCACCAGCAGCACUCAGACCAGGACCUGUCCAGACCUGGAGGUAGCAGAGAAAGUGUGCUGUCGUUCCCUGAGUUCUCCUCUUCAUCUGUUUUUCAAAUGCCCAGCUCUUCAUUACGGGACCCAUCGGCUCCACCCCUCCUCUUAACCUCGCCCACCCCAGAAUAUCCACCAGAGGAUGCCUCACCAUCUGUCCACACAUCCGCCUCUCUCAUCAAGGCGAUCAGGGAGGAGCUGCGACGGCUGGCCCAGAAACAGGCGGCAGUGACCAGCUACCCUUAACUGACCUGCACCUUUUCAAAUCAGGAGUUACAGUAGCUGUUCUACUAGUUGGUCAAGUACCUUGAACUGUGCGGCUAAUCGUAAAAUACCCAUGAUCUAAAUGGCAGCGUCUCCUGACGACCACCAGGACUUAACAGGGUUUUAUCUUUUUAUUUGUCUGUCCACUACCCUUUCGCCCUGCAUUCAUCGCCCAGAUUCACAUUUCCACUAAAGUGCUUCCUGGAGUAGAUCACUGAGGAUCGGCCGACCUGGACUCCUACACUGAAUCAUCCUUUUUGAACUUCUGGAACAACAAUACAGCCCCCAACCAUGAAAUGAGAGGUCCCUCUGGAGUUGUGAAGUUGAUGGCCUUUUGUGGUCUAGUCAUCUACCUUCAACUCUAGGAGCUCAUCCCUCCUGGCCUUCUGAAGUGGAUAAUACCUGUUGGAGUUCUGAAGCAGAAGCAUUGCGAUUGGUUUGAUUUUGAACUUGGAUUGUACUUCUCAAUUUCUGAACCUAUCUUAGUGGGAGAGUUUUCAAUUGGUCUUUAGUGAACUAGUCACACAUCCUGCUCUUUUGGUUAAAGCAGCAUUGUUGACCUUGCUGAGUGAAUGUCUCUAGGAGUUGUACAACAAACUGUUUUGCUAUUGUCUUUGAGUUCCUGGUGUAAAAGGGCCCUUUAGACCGUUGGUCAUUGCUCCCUACUAGAGUUAUGAAGGCUGGAUGACCCAUCAGUCCUUGUUGAGGUAAUUCUUCACAUGAAGAAACUUCUGAACCCUUGUAGACCUGAUGAUGGGUCUUAUGGUUCUACAGCAGAUUAUCACUUCUGGAUUAAAUUGACCUUCUGAAUAAUCUGGUAUGGGUUCCCCCUUUUAGAGUUUUAAAAAUGUUGCUCCAGUGUUUUCUAGAUUAGUUUUGAUUCUUACGUGGACUUUAUUCAACCUUUUUAGCCUUCUGAGAUAAAUGGGAAAGUGAAAAUCUGCAGCAGAUCGUUGUUUCCAGGAUAAUUGGGCCAUUGUUAACCUAGAGGGAACAUGUGAAGCUCACUGUCCUUCCAGAACUUGCGGGCAUUUGCCCAUUCUUGGGGGUGUAUCGUUCCUUCUGAAGUUCUGAAGUGGGUAAUCUUUCUGGGUUCCCUGUGGUGCUAAUUGUCAGCCUCAUUACUUUACACAUUGACCACAUACUGCCUUCCAUGAUCCAUCAGCCACGGUGAUCAUGUAUGCAUCUACGAACCAUACAGAAAAUAUAUUUGCACUGUUUAUAGCAGGAGGUGCAGCAAAGUCCUGACAGCAUGACAAAAUACACACACAAAUACAUACAUAUAUAUGUGUGUGUGUGUGUGUGUGUGUGUGUUCAUAUAAAGGUAUAUAAAUGAAAUACUUAGAAAUAGAAUCCCAACGAGCACAAUAUUAAUGUGAGAGUUACUAUUGGAGUAUUGAGAUGUUGUGUAUUUUUUAUUGCUUAUAUAUGAAAUGAUGCUUUAAUGCUUUAUUUAAAUCAAAAAAAGACCAAACUACUGUUCCAUGGUUGUAAACUCUUGUGUUUGAGCUUGCUGUAGAUUCUGAGACCGUUUGUUGCGGUGCAUCGCUGCUAGCUUGUGUGUUUGUGUAUCGGUGGUAAAAAAGAAAUUGCAGCAAAAGCAUCACUUCUCCAGCUGUUUGUGAUUUAUCUGUUGCUCCCAUCUGUUUUCUGUAGACCCUGAAGAUGGCGCUAAUGUUAUGUUGGAGAUGGUUCCAGUGUUUCUGUAGGAGUGUGGAGAUGGGGGUCUUGGUAUUCUUCUCAGCUGCAGCUGCUUCUCAGUGAACAGUUUGAUGCUGCACACAAGAGGAACAGCCAUGAAAAGAAUGAUUCCUCUUUUCAGUGAAGCUCCAAAAAAGAGGAGAAAAGGAAAAGAAAUGUCACCAACCUGAGCUGCUGGUUUAGUUUAGUUUCCAUGGAAUUUGGUAGAACUUUUCAGUUUUGAGAGCAUAAUCGCUGAAAACAGAAUUAUUGGCAACAGACCCACACAUUUAGCAUCUGAACGAGACCUCGUUCAGUUUCGUGAUGUUUCCAAGCGGCCCCAGCCCUGCAGCAGCAGGAAAUGUCCAGAGUGAACUCGCGGUGGUAGGAGCUUACGUUGCAGGGGAAAGGUUUUGUAAUCACAGCUGAAAAAAGCAUAAGAAGUGCUGCUCUGGUCCAAACACACCUUGGUUCAAAGUCAGGCUGACGGUGGUUUACUGGUUUCUGCUCAGGUCAGUCAAAGAGCUGCGUUUGUCUCGCCAGCAGCUUCUUUAACAUGUAACUGUUACCAAGGCUACGCUAAUAUGACAAGCUCUACAUUGUUCAGUCAGCUUGUUGAGCAGCGUUUAGACAACUCUGUCCACACGGCAAUGAAAGGAUAAGGUCCUUUUUCAUUUCAAAAUACGAGAGUCAAGCUGAACGUUUGCACAUUUCCAUCAGAUCCUAGAAUUCCUCCUGAGGUCUAGAAUUGAAAUGUUGAAUGUUAGAGAAGAAAAAAGCUCCUAUGUUGUCCUGUUAGGAUGAGCCAGCUGAAUCAAAGUGUCCGUUCCUCGUUGAACUGAACUACAAUAAGAUAAUUCUCUACUGGGCUAGUGUUGCACUUUCUGCAGUUGGGACGCUUCAUGUUCUGGUUUGUUAAAAGUUCAUGUGGCUCCAAAAACCCAACCUGAGGCGCAGGCCAUCAUUACUUUAUUUUCUGUUUGUGGCAGCUUUACUGGAAGUCUGCACACAUCUAGAUGAAGGCUUGCUGGAGUUCAAGUGCAGUUUUGGACAAGCUUCUUCUUCUUCUGUCCCAUGGUGUCCACAAGCCCAACUUGUCUCAGGAAGUCCUGACGCUUUGAUUCAGCCGUUACCAGACGGCUGCGUCUCUCUGCUGAAAGAAUCUGUUGCUUUCUGGAAAGCCGUUGACCUUUUGUCUGUUUGUGUUUCCACAUGAGCUUCUGCUUUUCUUGGCAUGUUCCACCAUGUUUAAGGCUUUAGCUGUUUUUGAUGUCCCCAAUAAUGUUCAGCAUGCUGCUAAAAUAUGUAAAAGUUCAAACAGUGAAGAGUUGUUUCACGUCUCGGUCAGUGAGCAGUGAUUAAUGUCUCAGCUCAUUAUUCAUCAGCUUUUUUUAAAUACAUUUCCAAAUGAUAUUUUUUAAUCUAAAAGAAGAUGGCUCUAGUAAAUAGUGUAUAAAUGAAAGUGGACAUGAUGUUGAAUAGAAAUAUAUAGAAAUAUAUCUAAAAAAUAUUUUAUCUGUGAUUGCUAAAUGGACUGGAAGAUCAUCUCGGCCUGGUGCCAACUCAUCCUUCAUGGACCAACUGCAGAAUGCUACUGGCUUGGAACUCUGAUUGGACAAUGCACCUGUCCGUCAAGCUGUAGGGCUUAGCCACGCCCACAGGAUCACAUGGUGCUAUUUCACAGACUCCAGGUGGAUCUGAAAGCCACCAGAUCACCAUCAUGAAAACGACAAAAGUCCUGCAGAUGUUCCAGUCUGCAGGUUCCUCCUGAAUGUUUCCAGCAAACAGUCACAAGGUGGAUGUUCCUCCAUGACUCGGUGUUUUCGAUGCUCGCAGGUCACAGAAGAUCCUUCACUAAACAGUGUCCAAAAAUAUUCUAUUUGGAGUUUUGUGAUUCUCACAUCUUUUUUCUCCUUCGUCACGUUGGACCUAAUAAUGUACACUAUCAUUUUUACCUGAACUAUGUAUAUUUUUGGACCAAUUGAGUCACUGUUGUAGUGCAAAACUGGUAUUUUAGAUCCAUUUGUUAGCAGAGCGGUAGCUGGACCGUCCUCAUGGUCUCCAGGCUGCCAAGUGAACCAUGAGUUGGUUGUAAUGGAGUCGAAGCUUAAGUUGGGUCCAAAGAGACCCAGAAUGGGAGUGAAAGACCUGUGGACACGCAGGGUGGGUUCAUCCAAACUAAUUCUGGGUAGUGAUGAACAACUCUUGGCCUUGACCCCGCUCUGAGAAAUGAAGAAUAUCUGGUCCUCAGUGAAAACUGCAGUUUUGUCAUGAAGGAACAUCCACUCAGCUGUUGCUCUGAGCUCAACCACAUUCCUGUUUGUUCUUCAGAACCCGACGGCCUGCCCUGACUCGGUGAGUCCAGCUGUGACCUGAUGGACUCGUGGGCCGGCCGGGUCUCAUGGCGAGCCUCGCCUCCUAGACGCUCUGUGAGCUUCAUAAUCUGGUGUUUCAAGUCCGACUGAUUGUGUUAACAGACAUUAAAGAGACAUUCGGAGUC